UUGAUGCACGCUCCAAAUUUAAUCCGUAUAAAAAGGUUAGGAAAUUAAUCGUCCAACUCGAUUUUCUCCUCCACCCUCAAAUAAGUUGUUCACCAGCAAACGCCCAUUCCCUCUUUUCACAACACACGUUUCGAUUAUUUACAAUUGGAUUAAUUUGAGGUAUUAAUUCUUUCCAAUAAGUAGAUCACCCACUCCCAUCAAUUCAAAAUUUUCCGCCACCAAAAACAAUCCCUCAUGUUUGGAUUAGCACAUUAAUCAUGGCUUCCAUGCAAAACGCGGCCCUCCGCCUCCGCGAGGAUUGCUUCGGGAGGGUGGGCCCUGCCGGUUUAAGCGGCGGCUGGAGGAGGAGGACAUGCGUGAAGAUGAAGGCGGACGUAAAUAUGCGGACGAAGAAGCAGGGGAUUCAGGUGGCGUUAAGGGAGAAAAGGGAAGCGGAGGCGAAUCCCGAGUAUCUGCUGGGCGGGUUUGCGGAGGAGCGGUUCGUGUACAGACAACGUUUUGUUAUAAGGUCUUACGAGAUUGGAGCGGAUAAAACCGCCACCAUGGAAACUCUGAUGAAUCUUCUGCAGGAGACAGCUCUGAAUCAUGUGUCCAGCGCCGGCGUCGCGGGCAACGGCUUUGGGGCCACCCGGGAGAUGAGCAUCAGGAAGCUUAUCUGGGUCGUCACGCGUAUACACGUCCAAGUUGACCACUAUAGCUCUUGGGGAGAUGUUGUGGAGAUCGACACUUGGGUGGAUGCAGCGGGUAAAAAUGGGAUGCGCCGCGACUGGAUUAUUCGAGACUACGACACCCACACAAUCAUAACCAGAGCUACCAGUACGUGGGUGAUCAUGAAUAGAGAAACAAGAAGGCUAAGCAAAAUCCCAGAUGAAGUGAGGAAAGAGGUGCAGCCUUUUUACCUGAAUAGAGCAGCCAUCGCAACUCACAAUUCCGACAGCCACAAGAUUGAAAAGCUUACUGAUCAAACUGCUCACAGAAUCCGAAACGGAUUGGCUCCGCGAUGGAGCGAUAUGGAUGCAAAUCAACAUGUAAACAAUGUCAAAUACAUCGGCUGGCUAUUGGAGAGUGUGCCUGUAAAUGUGCUUGAAGACUACAACAUGACGCGGAUGACCUUAGAAUACAGACGGGAAUGCCGUCAGUCAAACGUGCUGGAGUCGUUGACCAGCAUCAAAGUCAACGAAGAAGAAGAAGCAGACAGCCAAGUUUUGGAAUGCACACAUUUGCUGCGCAUGGAAGCAGAUCAGGCUGAGAUCGUUCGAGCAAGGUCGGUCUGGCAGUUCAAACAACAUCAUCGCGACAUCUGAAUUUUUUUAUUUUUUUAUUUAUUUUUUCUUUCAAUUCUUAGCAUUUGUUCUGAAUAAUUGGAAAAAUAUUUCUAGUACACAUACUGAAACUUCCGAUAUUUUUUUAUAAAUCUUUUUAUAUUCUUGUGUGGCUGA